CCUCGCGCGCGCCAUAUACCACCUUCGACAGUUCCAGUCUUGACCGGCGUGUGGAGGCCGUUCCCCAAUCGAAUCCUGAUGGAGCUGUUGCUCCCUGCACUAGUCUGGGAACGUGGAAACAGAAGGACUAAACAGGUGGUCAGAAACACAGCUAACAAUGUCGUCCCUGGAUAAAAUGUGAAAGAUAUUUUGGUCUCAUCUCUUUUUAAGGAUACAAGAUUCAAUAACCAAAGAUAAUUCAUGUUUCGGCUGACUUUCAAAGGAAUAAUUUAUCCUCGGUUUUCCUCCGAAUCUGGGCAAGAUCUAUCGGAUAUUAAACUAUGAAAGUGACUGUGUGUUUUGGAAGGACUAGGGUGGUGGUACCGUGCGGAGAUGGAAAUAUCAAAAUCCAUAUUCUCAUCCAGCAAGCCGUCAUGAGAUACAAAAAAGCAAUUGCAAAGGAUGCCAGCUACUGGUUACAGGUUCACCGGUUGGAGCAUGGGGACGGAGGUAUCCUGGACCUGGAUGACGUGCUGUGUGAUGUGGCUGAUGACAAAGACCGGCUGGUGGCGGUGUAUGAUGAACAGGAACCUCACCAUGGUGGCGACGGCACCAGCGCCAGCUCAACGGGCACCCAGAGUCCCGACCUGUAUGCCACCGAGCUCAACACAAGCAGCGUGUCUGCUUUCCAGCCCUACCAGGCCACCAGCGAGAUAGAAGUCACUCCGUCCGCCCUCCGAACUAAUAUGCCCCUCCAUGUGCGUCGCAGCAGUGAUCCAGCACUGGCGACGGUCAACGGGCCAUUCAGCGACCCCCGUGUGACCCUGCCGCCAGAGGAGCCGUCCAGGAAGAACCCCACCCGCUGGUCCACCACAGCUGGUUUCCUCAAACCACGACACUCUGUUGGAGACACCAGCACUGAAGCCAACAGCCUGGAGAGAAAGGGUAAGGUUGUGGACACGUACCGUAGUCUCCCCCGUGACUCAGGGACCUGGGCAAACCAGAGAGAGUUCCAGAGAGAGACGGCCCGCUCCUCCCUGAGCGCCAACCACCCCAUGGUAGACCGCUGGCUGGAGAGACAAGAGCAGGAGGAGGGGGGGCACGGGGAGGAGGAGAACGGCAGGAUCGAGCCGGUUGGCCGAGCUGACUCCUGUAUGGCCCACACCCCUGUGAGGUCACUGGAUGACAUUGUAAAGCUGGUAGAAGUGUCCAAUGACGGCGGGCCCUUGGGGAUCCAUGUAGUGCCUUUCAGUGCCCAGGACCGCAGGACUCUCGGCUUGUUGGUCAAGCGCCUGGAGAGGGGAGGCAAGGCGGAGCAACAUAGUCUGUUCCAGGAGAAUGACUGCAUCGUACGCAUUAAUAAUGGAGACCUGCGAAACAUCCGCUUCGAACAAGCCCAGAACAUGUUCCGCCAGGCCAUGCGUUCACCAGUCAUCAUGUUCCAUGUGGUUCCCAACCUGAUGAAGGCCCAGUACGAGCAGCUGUCACACAGCGAGAGGAACCCCGACGUGGCCUACUCCUCUGGAAGCUUCAGCCCUGACUCCCUAGCCAGCGAGAGAAGCAGCACAACCUCAGGCCUGGAUCACACCCCACAGAGGAUGUCCCGUGGUCCCCACCCUCACCAGCACCCCGAGCAGGGUGAUGCCUACACCUCUCUACCUCACCCCCAUGGGCUUGCCCAUGGGGGUUCCAUGGGCAAGCCCCCAUUAGGCCACGCCCCUCCAGGCCGCACCCCCUCCCCUCACAGGGUGCUAAACUCCACCCCCACGGCGGGCUUCACCAAAAAGGUCGGCAGGAGACUGAACAUCCAGCUGAAAAAAGGUCCGGAGGGUCUGGGUUUCAGCAUCACAUCGCGUGACGUCCCCAUCGGUGGCUCGGCGCCCAUCUACGUGAAGAACAUCCUGCCCCGAGGAGCUGCCAUCCAGGACGGACACCUCAAGGCUGGAGACAGGCUGCUGGAGGUGAACGGAGUGGACCUGGUUGGGUUGACCCAGGAGGAGGUGGUCUGUCUGCUGAGGGCCACACCCAUGGGAGGGGCUGUGGGGCUUGUAGUGUUACGACAGGAGGAGACCUUCCUGCCCAGAGAAGUGAAUGCAGAACCCCAGAUGCAAAGCCCCAGAGAUUUGAAGAUUGAGGAGGAUGACCUGGUGUUGACCCCGGAUGGUACCAGGGAGUUCCUGACCUUUGAGAUCCCUCUGAGUGACUCCGGGUCGGCGGGGUUAGGGGUCAGCGUCAAGGGCAACCGCUCCAAGGAGAACCACUCUGACCUGGGCAUCUUCGUCAAGUCCAUCAUCAACGGGGGAGCUGCCUGCAAGGAUGGAAGGCUGCGGGUCAACGACCAGCUGAUAGCGGUGAACGGGGAGUCGUUGCUAGGCAAGACCAACCAGGAAGCCAUGGAGACACUAAGGAAGUCCAUGUCGGUAGAGGGCAACAAGCGGGGGAUGAUUCAGCUGAUUGUGGCCAGGAGGGUCACUAAACGCAACGAGUUGGAGGCCUCUGGGAGCCCCCUGGGACCGGAGCAGACCCUCAACUCCACCCUGCUGGACGACCGGGAGCGUCGGAUCUCCCUGUACGGAGGCAUAGAGGGCCUGGACGACAACCUGAUGCCACGGCAGACACUAAUGGGCCGAAUGAUGGGUAACUACCAGCUCUCCCCUACAGUCAACAUGCCCCAGGACGACACAGUCAUCAUCGAAGACGAUAGGCUGCCUGUACUUCCUACCCAUCUCUCUGACCAAUCGUCUUCCAGCUCACAUGACGACGUGGGGGUCCCUCCCCCCUGGGCCAAAGAGAUUCAAAUUCAGAAUGAGAGCCCUCUGAGCCCUGAUGACACCGACCCAGACGGAGCCUUUCAGAGGGAGGGCUUCGGCAGACAGAGCAUGUCUGAGAAACGGACAAAGCAGUUUGGAGAUGCCGGUCAGCUGGAGAUCAUCAAGACACGCAAGUCCAAGAGCAUGGAUCUAGUAGCCGACGAGAUUAACCUCACCCCUCGCAAAGAGAACACACCAGGGUCUUCCACCAGGGACGUGGGUCCUUUCUUAGGCCUCAAGAAGUCCAGCUCUCUAGAGAGUUUACAGACAGCCGUUGCCGAGGUAACGCUGAACGGUGACAUGCCCUUCCACAGGCCACGCCCACGCAUCAUCAGGGGGCGGGGCUGCAAUGAGAGCUUCCGGGCUGCCAUCGACAAGUCAUACGACAGGCCAGCCGCUACAGAGGAUGACGAUGAGGACAUGGAGACAUUGGAGGAGGACACCGAGGGGAGCUCUCGGUCCGGGCGCGACUCUGUGUCCACCGUGGCAGAUCUGACGCCACUGCCUAACACCGAGAGACCGUUGGUCAACGGCAACCGCACCAAUGAAGACGAGAAGGACAAGGGAGGGAAUGACAAAAAGAAACAGAAGGACAAAGAGAAGGUCAGCAAGAACAAGGCUAAGAAAGGCAUGCUGAAAGGCCUGGGAGACAUGUUCAGGUUUGGUAAACAUCGCAAGGACGGAGAGAAAAUUGAGCGUAAAGGGUCAAGCAAGUGGAGGCCGGAGGAGCUGCAAGCCUCAGAGGACGAAACACUGAGGAUGAGACUGGAGCAGGAGAGGAUCCAGCUUAAGACACGGGAGCUGCGGGAGCGGCAGGCACGGGAGAGGGACUACGCUGAGAUCCUGGACAUCAACCUGAGCCGAGACGAGGAGCACCCCUAUGCCGGCAUCGGGCCCCUGGACACGUCCCUGGGCAGCGGACACAGCCGUCCCCAGAGCCCCCGAGACAACGACCACCACCACCAAGACUCCUCCCUCUACACACAAGUUGGCCAUGCCCGCAACGCAAACGGACGCGCUCCCUCCGCCGACAGCAACAGGCUAGCGCCUAGCAACCACGACCGGAUACAGCGGCUGAGGCAUGAGUUCCAGCAGGCCAGGGAGGACGAUGACCCAGACGACCGGAGACGCACCUAUAGCUUCGAGCAGCCCUGGCAGAACACCACCAACACCGGUCCAAGCCCGUACCAGACAGAUAGACAACAGACAGGCCGACACUCUGUGUCUGUAGAGAUGCAGAGACAGAGGCAGGAGGAGAGAGACGCCUUCCAACAGGCGCAGAGACAGUACAGCUCUCUGCCACGACAACCCAGGAAGAACCCUAGCUCCAUCUCUCAGGACUCCUGGGUCAAGGUCUACCCGCCGGGCGAGGGCUUCCAGACGACCAAGGAGAACCCUCGCUACUCCAGCUACAAGGGCUCCAGGAACGGCUCCCCGGGGGUGAGCAGUGUGAAUGCCCGCGUCUUGCUGGAGGCCCAGGAGCUGCUGAGGCAGGAGCAGAGACGCAGGGAGCAGAAGGCCAAAGGGAAGCAGCUACUACUAGCACCCCCGCAGGAGCACCACGGGAACAACACCUACAACGCCACUCCGUCAUACUCAGCUCACAUGGACCCUGUGUCGCCUAAGGGCCCCUAUAGACAGGACGUACCCCCCUCGCCCUCCCAGCUGGCCAGGCUCAACAGGCUGCAGGGGCCUGAGAAGGGGAGGCCCUUCUACUCCUGAGGGGAUAAGGGCGGGGAAGGGACAGGGCAGCCAAGAAGAGGCCACAGUUGGUGGUGACUACUUCAGGAGCUGAUUAGCUAUAGAAUGGGGAGGCCCUUCUACUCCUGAGGGGAUAGGGACAGGAUGGGCCAGAGGUGCCAUAGUUGUGGACAAUGUGAAUAGGGAAUGCACAGUGAGUGUUAGUAUUAAUGGCCUCUUAGUGCACUCCAUUCAGUCCCAGUCAGUCCUGUUUCCUCACACAGACUGUUGUUAAAUGAGACUUUCAGUGCCUCCUGUGUUCAUGGACAUGAUGCUUUCUGGGGUAGUAGUGGUGUUGUGGGAUUCAUAGACAUCUGUCACCCUCACGCUCUGACAAUCAUACAGGCAAACAGAUGUUUUUUCAAACAAUGGAGGUGUGUGUGUGUGUGUGUGUGUGUGUGCGCGAGACUGUCUUAAUGUAUGUAUGUGCGUUAUGCUAGUGUGGUGUGGACACUUACAAGGUCGCCUGGUUUGGUUAAACCAGGGCUCCUACUUGACCUGCCCUCCCCUGGACAUGAACCUCCCCAUAGUUGGUAGUACACUAACAUGUCAAAACAACAACGCUGAGCUCUCACUAUUCUAUUUCUCUGUUUUCAUCCUUUUUUUCUUUACUUCAGUAGUCACCAGUGGGCUAGAGAAAAGAGAGGGAGUGUGUAAAAGGAGGGGGAGCAUAGCACUGGUUAUUAAUGAAGGACUCUCAUAAAUUAUUCAUGUGUGUGCCAUCUCCAUGGAGAGAGAGAGAGUCUGAUCCACCGCCUGGCCUCUCUGCUCUGGGCACGGCUAACCUGGCCUGCCUGUCUCUGGCUUCCUCCUCUCCCUCACCACCACUUUCUCCUCCUUCUCUCCUCCUCUUUCCCCUAUCCUCCUCCCCCUCACCACCUAUUUCACCUCUUCUCCUC